GAACGCCCGGUGUGGAUUAAUUGUCUUGUUUUUUUUUUUUUUUUUUUAACAUUUUGACUAUUUCGAAAACCAAACAAGGAUUUCCUCUCGAGAGUUUUAACUUCUUCAACAGACUUCUUGUUGCUGGAUGUGCGGAUGGUCUGGUUUUCCUGCGUCAGCCCUGCCAUGGCAACCGGGCUUUGCUGGACGGGACUCACUGUCAGGGACUAUAAAGUGGCCACAGCUGACCUUUCCACAUCUGACAGUGGAAAGGGAGUCCAGCCUCAGAGUUUUGUUGCAGAGGCAGUGUGCAAAGAGUCGCCGUGCUCCGACGGAUGGGGAUACACUGCCAAGGAGGACUCUGGGGCGAGAGGAGUGUGUUUCUUUUUCUUCUCUCGUGUGCUUUCCUUCUUCACUUCCGCCUGGCUUCCCCCAUGAGCUGUUAAUUCCAGCCCCGGUCCCGGGGAUGAGGAGGAUCUAUUUGUGAGGAGGAGGACGCAAACAAAGGCAGAGAGAGCGAGGAGCAACAGGGUGGCAAAUUCUUCCAUCAGGAGUGAGCGAGAAGAUCUUCUUUCUUUUUCGCCGGGCUCGAGCGAGGAGUCCUGACUCCCGGAAAACAGCAGCCAUGUGAGUGGAGCUGUCAGCAAGCAGAGGAUGCUCACAUCCAGCUAAGGACACGCAGCUCUCCCCCCCCUACCUCCCUCCCUCCCUCCUGCGCCCUCCCUUCUUCCCACAUGAGGACAAGAAGAUGACUAUCACCAGCCGGCAGUCCUUCAAUGUCCUGACGGUCAUUUUCCUCCUUCUGUCCACUGCAGCUCUCUCAGCUCAUUACCGGGUGUGUGAACCCUACUCUGACCACAAGGGGCGCUACCACUUUGGCUUUCACUGCCCACGCCUCUCGGACAACAAGACCUACAUGUUCUGCUGCCACCACAACAACACCGCCUUCAAGUACUGCUGCAACGAGACCGAGUUCCAGACGGUCAUGCAGGUCAACCUCACCACCACCUCAGAUGGAUACGCACACAAUAACUAUACAGCCCUGGUCGGCGUGUGGAUUUACGGCUUCUUUGUCAUGGUGCUGCUGGCGCUGGACUUUCUCUACUACUCGGCCAUAAACUACGAGCUGUGCCGGGUCUACCUGGAGAAGUGGGGCCUGGGGGGACGCUGGCUGAAGAAGGCCCGGAGUCAGUGGCACAGGUCCAUGCCGGAGGAGAGCGAAGGCCAGGCUCAAGCCCAGCCCAUGGUGCCCAGCCACUACCAGCCCCGGCACAGCCUCCGAGAGGAGAGCCACAGCCCCACGCUCCUGCCCUACAACACGUCCACCGCAUGAGUGACGCUGCGAGUGGAUGAACUGAAGAGUAGCAACGCCUUGAUCCCCAUACGCGGUACGGAGAUGCCCCGCGGACAACCCCCCCCCCUCUGGACCGCAGAUACAAAGACUACUGGUGGGCUAGCCAUGCCGUAGUAGUUAGACGUGACUACCGCACCUUUGUAAUGAGCACAAAACACCCGUGGACUGACAGAUGCAGGUUCAUAUGGCAUUUUCGAAACCCAACAGAUCAACAUUUGCAAGGAAACCAAGAGGACGCCGCCGCUGCUGCCGCUGCUGCCGCUGCCGCCACAGCAGAGGCGCGACAUACGCCUUCAGCUGCUCCAAGGUGUUCAGUGAUCCCCUGAAAUGUCUGCCAAGGCCUGAAGUACCCCGCACUAAUCCAAGCUGAACUGGAUAAACUGUACUGUUCUCUGCAAGCAAAGAGGCUUGCCUGUUUUCGACACACACACAAAAAAAGAUAAUCUUUCUAGAUAUGAAAUGUUUAUUACGCUGCUGUGUCAGUUUGUGUUCAGUAGCAGUUAGACACGGUCGUGGUUUAUCUCUUUGGUGAUUUAUUUGUGUGAACUAGUGAGAGAACGUAUAUGAGCGGUUAACAUUCGGAACAUGUAACAGCUUAGGUUGAUGCUGAGCAUCUCGCUUAGAGUAGAAUGUUUUUGUUCCUUGCUGAGACCCAAAAUGUCUCGGCAGCCAUGUUGAAAAUAUAUAAUAUAUUGAAAUAUCAUAGGUCUCCUAACUGCAAAACAAGUGAUUUCUCUAUAUCGUAACAUGUCGGGCAAUGACACAAUGCCAUAAAGUUAUGUAAGGCUUCACAUUGGGUCAUCAAGAUUUUAUCUCGGUUUUAGUGACAGAGAGGAAAGGGAUGCUGAGUCUGAAUAAGUUAUUUCACCUUAAACAUUCAUAAGGAUCAGGGAUGCCUUCAGAGCAGCAAAGAGCUUCAUGCUAAGUUAAACAUAACCUUAACCCUUGGCUAUGAGUCUAAACCCCCAUUUGAGAUUAUGAAAUAUAAUGUUAGUAUGUGACUGUUGCCUCUGUGGUCUCACCCGAUGACUUGUUUGCCCUUCCUCAUUACCAGAGCUGCCUGAAAAAAAAAACACAGCUCCAUUAGCAAUAUGUUGCAGAUGAAUAUACAUUAAGUUCCUUUAUAUGGUGCACUCUACAUCCCACAUUGGUAAUAGACAAUUGUAAGUGAUUUUCCAUAAUAGAAAGAAUGUAACGAUGUAAGGAUCACAUCAAAUUCUCCUUCGCUGUCAGCAAUAAUGUACAGUAGCUUAAUCAGGAGGAUGACCUGGUAAAAGCCAGAGCUGCCAGCCAAGCGCUGGGUGAUCACUGAGGUGCAACGCAGAGGUGUCAUCGUGGUUUACAUUUAAAAUGAAGCAAAAGUCAAUGGGAUGGACAUUUCUGGAUAAUGAACUCAUAUUGAAAAAGGUCUCCAAGUCAGCCUAAUGAGGAGAAAAGUGAAAACAAUGAUCACUAUUUAAAGAAAGGCUUCUACUUUACCCUGCCAUGGUCUCUUUUUAUCCGCCAAUUAUUUCCUCAAGCAAUCAAUGAAUCAUAGGAUCGUAUGAAUCAUAUGAUCCUAUGAUUCUGAUGAUGUCAGAAAAUAUAGUGACAGCUCAAAUUCAGGUAUUCAGUAGUCUAAAACCAAAAGAUUUUCACUUCACUAUAUCAUGAAUGAGAAAGAAAAAGUUUACAGUUCUCUCCAGCAAUUGGUAAAAUUACUCAAAACAAUUCAUAAAUUACCAAAAUAAUGAAUCAUUUUGGUUAGUUAAUGAUUAAUCUGCCAAGUGCUUUCUGUAUUAUCAUUUGGUCCAGGGAAAUUGUGACAAAUGUCUCUUUGUCUUCUCACGUUAGACAAAGAGAAGCAGCAGCUGAAAACAAAGUUGAACAAUUUCUCAGUUAAUUUAUGUUACAUAAGUAAUAAAUAAAGCGAUUAACAUUUCAGCUCUAUGAUCAUGGCAUUGUAGAGAAAAGAUUUCACGCCAUGCUCAAAUCUAAUUGAACUGCUGAGAUGAAUUGUCCUUGAACAGUUAAUGCAGCUGUUGUUGUCAGACUGUAUAUGAGCGACGGUGUGAAGACCAGGUGGACAGAAGGUAGGUACAGCAUGAAAAGGGGCGUCUGGCCCAAUUCUUGCAUCUGUAACGGUUAUGGAGCAGCUGCCAGGCAUUGAAUCUCUCGUCUUUGCACAUUCGCUUGGUCUCGCCAUCCUAUUUACCCUCUCUCGGUUUCGUGGAGUUGAAGUGCGGCGAGCGGGGGCCUGCUGGAAGUCAUCCUCAGUUAUCAGCAAUAAUAUUUACAUUUGCUGAGUUGUUAGUACAAGUUAAUUCCCAUUUUCUGUGGCAUCAUGCCAUUGCUUUCAGGGGGCAGAGGAACAGGAUGUGCCCGAAGGAAAUAAUUGGCCCAGAGAUCAGCCAGUGGUUUUAAAGUACUCUUUUUUGCUCUCUCUCUCUCUCUGUGCAGCUGCCUCCCUAUUCCCAGAGUGAGAACAGCAGUGGCAAACAGGGAAGAGAAGUUUUUAACAGCUCAAGAAGCACAAAGGGGAUUUAAUUAGUCCCCAAUGCUGCAUUAAGUGGGAAAAAAGCUCCAAUGUUAGAGAACAUGUCUCCUUUCAGGGCGCACUGCUGUGUCUUCUGAUGUAGAAUAACACAACGUAGGUCUGUCAUCAUCACCAAUGAAGUAAUAAUCACAUCCAGAGGAGAGAGAAAAAAACUAGUUUCGCCUCUGACGAGCAGUAGCAGGGUCAAAAAUGAAUUCCUCAAGGAAACACACGAGGAACCAUUUCCUAUAGUUUCUUAAAAUGUUACGACUUGGUUUUGUGAUGUUUUCUGUUUCGUUGAAAACAGUCUCGACUCUGGCCUGAUGUGACGUGGUACUGUAAGUCAUAUCAGCUCAACCCUCUUCCCCACCAAAAAUAACUAGAUAAAAAUAAAUAACAAUGUAAAAAAAAAAAAAAAAGGAUGGGGGGGGGAAAGGGAGCACACAUCUGUUUCAGUCUCUCCAGGUUGUCAUGGUAACAGUUGCCUUACAGUUGAAUACCCACCUGUAACACACAGGAGCUUUGUAGUGGUCGAUACCUCACUUUUUGGGUGUGGUGGUGGUGUUGAUAAUGUGCACCGCGUUCUGUCUAUGUAUUUACUACUAGAUAGAAUGUACCGUUUUCAGUUGGAUUGUUAUCGCACUUGUUGACUUUGUAUUGUCACGACAGGGAAAAAUAAAGUUUUAUCUUUU